AUGAAGAUUCUGACCGAGUGUUGGCUCGAUGCGUCCGAGGAUCCAGAUUUUGGGACUGAUCGAAAGGGUGAUAUGUUCUGGGACACAGUGAUUGAGAACUACAAUGCACAAGUGGAAUAUCAACGAAACAAGAAUCAAUUGACGUCAAAAUGGAGGAAGAUUCGAGCCCAUGUUGCCAAGUUCAAUGCCAUUUAUUCCAAGUACGAUGAUAACCGAAUUAGCGGAGAAAACCACGCCCAAGUGAUGGAAGAGGCGCGAUCCGCCUACAAAGAAGAAGUUGGGGCCACGUUUAAUAUGUAUGAUUGUUGGUUACUUUUGAAGGAUAAGCCGUUGAUUUUCGCGCCUUCCGCCGUGGAUGUUUUGGGUCGUAACAUGAAAAACCGAAGACCGGGAGUUGUGGAUGUUGACAGUGAUGAGGAUGCUCCUGCCUAUGCACCCGUCGAUCUUGGAACCGAAAACGAACUCUUCGGGCCUGACCCGUAUGCGCGUCCAGCUAAAUCAAAGACUCCUCGCACUUCCGCCUCUUCCGAUGCAGGUUCAGCUCGCUCAUCAGCAUCAGACAUCGCAACACGACUAGAGAGGCAUUGUAGCACCCUACCGAGAUUAUGGAGUCCCAGAAGGAGUCACUAA